GGCAACGGCAGUCAGGUGACUGUCUGCAGACGGAACAUGGCUGACCUGUCAGAAGACCACUGAGUGGAGGCCACAUUUAGCAUUAUCGAUCUAUUUUUGUACGUCGUUUGUGACCACAGUCGACCGUCGCGGACCGCAGUUGACCACAGAUGUUCAAUAUGAGUGGGGUGGCCCAGGGGAUUGCAAAUGGGCCGAGUAGGCCUCCACAGUCAGAGAGAGAUGCUCAGAUUUGGGAGAGACCUUGGUCACUUGAAGAGAUGCGCCAGAACAGCGCCAACUGGUCCCUGGCAGCUGACUCUGGGCUCUUCUUGUUUCUUCAAGACUUUUCCCAGAGGAUGUUGUCAAAAACGCACGAGAUUGAAAAACAACUGGACAGUCUUAUCCGGGAUACCAAGGCCACAGACAGCUGCUUGCACUCUGUCUUUAAUGAUUUUCUCAUGCUCUCCAAUACACAGUUUAUAGAAAACAGAGUGUAUGAUGAAGAUGUAGAAGACACAGCACCUAAAGCUGAUGCUUUAGAGAAACAGCCUGAGCAGGAAAAGACUCGAGAGCAGAAGGAGGCAGAAUUGAUCCCUAAGAUACAGGAAGCAGUGCAAUACGGUCUGAGAGUGCUAGAGUCUGCGUUUGAGCACCUAGACAUCAAAGCAGGAAACUCUGAUUCAGAGGACGAGGAGGUCACUGACAGAGCAGAGGCCAUUCUAGAGCCCAAGGAUCUUUAUGUGGACAGACCACUUCCCUAUCUGAUUGGUUCCCAGCCUUUCAUGGAACAAGAUGAUGUUGGACUUGGUGACCUCUCAAGUGAUGAUAUGUCAGUUGAUAGUGACAGAGACAGUGUCAUUGAUAGUGAAGAAGACAAACCAUCAGUUCAUUCAGAUGAUGACUUUAAUCAGGAGGAGGAUGAAGCUCAUAGUAAUAUUAAGAAGAAAUCAUCCGUGCCGAGUUAUGAUGAAGACGAGGAGGAAGAUUCUGACAUAUUUGGAGAAUCAGACAAGGACGAUGAUGAUGAUGAAGACGAUGAUGUUAAUGCAAAGAACACAGGCCCGUCAUCUUUUGCUGAUGAGCUGGCAGCCCGAAUCAAGGGUGAACCCGUUAACAAACCAGAGGGAGAUCGUGCAUCAUUGACAUCUAAGAAGAAAAAUAAAAGCAGGAAAGCACCAAAACCUGCAAAACCACAGGCUGAUGAGGAUAGUGACGACAUGUUCAAGCCUCCAAAGAUGGAAGAUGAUGACUUCUCUCCAUUUGGAGGGAAAAGUGGCCUCUUCAGUGGUGGGAAAGGCCUGUUUGAUGAUGAUGAUGAGGGCGACCUGUUCUCUGAGGCACCAAAGCGUCCUGUGUCUGAAGAGAAAAAAACGCUGAAUGACAGCAAACCAAGUGCAGAUGAACCCUCAGAAUCUGCCAAACCUGGAAAGAGGAUUCCUCCUGGUGGUGUUUUAAUAUUCCCAGGUAACAACCUAUUCAGUUCGGAGAAUGACUCUGAUUCAAUGGAGACCAAGGAGAAUGGGACUCGGGCUCCCCAGACUGGUGCUGGCUCCAAACAGGUUUCUACAGGGGUUGAUGUUGUUGGAGGAGGUGGGCUGUUUGAUGAGGAGGAGGAGGAGGAGGAGGAGGAGGAUGGCUUCUUCAGUGGUAAAAGUCUGAAAUCAUCUGACCGUGUUGUCAAAGAGAAACCCAAACCCAAGAAGGCCAUUUCCCUUUUUGAUGAAGAUGAUGAGGAUGGUGACAUAUUCAGUGAGAAGUUGAGGACACCAACUCAAGCUCAGAGUAAGAAGGAGGCAGUUGAAGAUCAAGGCGAUCGCCCUCACAAAAAGAUGCCAGCAGGGGCCAUCUCUAUGUUUGGUCCUGGCACUAAAAGCUUGCUCAGUGAAGGCCUGAAAAAACGUCAACCAUCUGCAAGUGAAGAAUCAGAAAAAUCUGAGGAGUUUCAGUAUGGGGCCACUCCAGAUACUGGCAAAUCUGCUAUCAAGCAGAUUCAGAUACGACAGACGGGAGGCCUCUUCUCUGAUGAUGAAGAUGCACAAGUAUUUUCAACCACCUCUAAAAGUCAGGCUAAACCUGAACCUACAAGUCAGAAUAAAAGCAGCAAAGCUCCUUUGUCUUUAUUUGAUGAUGAGGAAGAAGAGGAUUUGUUUGCAGCUGCUUCUACAUCUAAACCAAAACCUCAUCAAGCUAAAGCCACCACACCACAGCCCAGUAAGGCUGUGUCCAGUUCUCUCUUCAGCGAUGAUGAGGACCAGUGGCUGAUCCCUAAAAGUGCAACUAAGCCAGAGGCCAAGACUGGCGGUAUGAAGGCCAGUGUGAGCGCCCCCUCCAGUCUCCCCAGUGCCAAAACCCCUCAAAAGAGCAGCCUCUUCAAUGAUGAUGAGGAUGAUGACCUGUUUGUGCCAACCAAAAAUUCAAGUGAGAAAAAACCUCAAAGAGUUGCUCUCUUGUUUGAGGAUGAAGAAGAUGAUGAUAAAGGGCCACUUUUUGGCAUCAAAGCUGCCGAUAACAAUAGCACUCCAGCUCCAGCUGCUAAUACUCCUGCUGUGACCUCUCAGUUGUCCUCUGUGUUAGAAAAAACACAAGAGGUUGCAGUUUCUCUGGCAACUGCAGAGGACAAAUUGUCUGAGAAGGACAAGACGUCAGCGAAGACCCCCGAGACGCUCUUAUCAUCACCAUCAUCAACAGCAGACAAUAGUAUAAGUAAAAAGAAGCCUGCUGGAGCCGUUAGUCUUUUUGGAGGCAUAAAUGUUCUUAAUAGCAAACUGACUAAAAGUCCACUGGAUGAUGAAGAUGACAAUGACAAAAGCGUCAAAUCCAAGGACAGUUUGCUGCCAAAUGUUAAAGAUGAGAAGGAGCAGAAAGUCAAAACAAACGCUCUUAGUCUGUUUGACGAGGAGGAAGAAGAUGACUCGGAUUGGAAUGAUCCAAUGUUUACUCCUAGCAAAACUACAGUAAGAAAGCUUACAGAGGAGCAACCGCAAGCAAAGAGCACAGGUGUGUUCCAGGACGAGGAGCUGCUGUUUAGUCACACGCAGCAGAAAGACAAUGACCCAGAUGUCGACCUCUUUGCCACCUCAGGAAAAACUGCGGGCUCUAAGCCUAAGUCAGUGAAGCCGGCAGCACAGAGUCUGUUUUCAGAUGAGGGUGAAGAUGACCUCUUCAGCUCCACCAAGCCAAAGGCUCCUCCUCCGAAAGUAGCAGAGAAGCCUAGUAAAUCUAGUGACAAAGCUCCACUAGCCAGUCCAGAGACUGUGUUAGAGAAUCAGAAACCUGAACCAAGUCCUGUAAAACCUAAAGAUUCUACAUCAAGGAUUGGGAAACUUCAAGCAAAUCUCAUGAUUAACCCUGCUACAUUACUUCCUGGUGCUGUCCCUAAUAUGGCUCCUAGUUCUUCAUCUGGGGUAUCCAGCUCCAGCUUGAGCCCAAGCCCUGCCACGUCUCCUAUUGGACCUCAGACAGAUAAUGAGGAAGGAGUCAGCUUUGAUGUCCCAGUUCAGGUUACAACACUGCAGAGCACACAUAAAAGUCGUGUCAAAGGUUCUGUACAGCGGAGACCCCAGUCUAGAGCUGCUAGGCAGCAAGCAGCCCAAAAAUCUGUAGAAGAUAGAGAGGAGACCCUAAGUAGAGAUGGUCUUUUGCCAAACUCCAGUUCAUCUGGUUUAGUUUUACCUCCUACGGUCAAAUCUACUGAAAUUCGAGCCGGGCCCACACCACUUAACUCGACUAUCCCCACAUCCUUGCUUUCCUCUUUACCUUCUCAACCUUCACCAUCUGAAGUCUCCAGGCCUUCUGUGUUAACACUGCCAGUAUCGACAGAUCCUGGAAAGAAGGACUCUAAAAAGGAUAACCACACUACCAAGGUUGUAGCCCCUCUUGACGAGGACGACCUAUUUGGUUCUGAUAGUCUGUUUGACACUUCAAGCACUAGCCGACCAUCCUCCAGACAGUCUACCAAAACCACACAACCUCAGGCCAGUAGUGGGGUGGGACUGAAGAAAGAUAAAGACAAAACCACACUCCCAUCCAUUUUUGAUGACAACACUGAUGACCUUUUCCAAAAGGCCAAACCAAAAUCAGCUACUAAGAAAGCCCAGGCAUCAACCUUUUUGGUAGAAAAUGAUGAUGAUGAUGAAGACCUCUUCGGAGUCAGCAACAGCUCCUCUUCCUUGUCCACAAGUAGUAAAGAAGUCAAAAGCGCCGGUGUUUCAAAACAGGACAUCUUCCAGGAUGAUAUAGCCACGGUAUCUAAAGGUCAUAAGAGGCAUAAAGAGAAGAGCUUUGAUGCCAGCCUGUUUGAUGAUGACAUAGACAUUUUUGCUGACCUGACAGACAGUGUAAAACCCAAACAAAAGCCUAAAACAAAAGGAGAGACCAAGUCAAUAUUUGAUGAUGACAUGGAUGACAUCUUCUCACCAAACACAGUAAAACCAGUGGCAAAGGUCCCUCAAAAAUCAAAGAAGACGCCACUGUCACAGGAGACCAGUACAGCAACAGAUUCAAGCAACAUAUUUGAUGAUCCACUUAAUGCUCUCGGGGGGAACUGAUCCGGUUCCUGAGUAGCUAGAUUUGUACAAUUGUGGAUAAACUCUUUUUGUCAGUUAAAUUGUGGAAACAUCAGAGUGGAUGCACUGUUGGAGUAUUUAUUAAUUUAAAUUCAUACAAAUACUGUGGCAAAUUUUUUGAUGGAUGAAGAUUUAAAUGAUAUUAAUUCCAAUCAUCUUCUGACAGCUUUCCUGAAUCAUCUUGGCAUCAGAUCAUAUAAAGUAAUGGUUAUUAUAUCCUCUUAAUCUUUAUUAUAUAUUAUAGCACUUUAUAAGCAUUUUACAUGCUUAGCCUCAAAGCCUGCAGAAAUUAACAUUCAAUAGUUUGUUGUUUUGAAGAGGUUUCCCCCUUGGCUUUGCCAUGUUGAGAUUCCAUGUCUUUAGGUUUGUGCCAGAUUAUGAUUUUGAUAAAUCACUGUUUAUUUACUGUCUGUAGGCAUUUUGACUAUUUGUUUUUAUUAAGGACUUAAUUCAUUUCUUAACUUUGGCUGUGAUGAAAAUGAAAAUUCAAAUUUAAUAACUAAAAAGAAACAUAUUUUAUGCUA